CGGUACUGAGCGCUACUGCAAGCACUCGAGCCGGUAGCUCUCGCUCGCCUUCAGUCUCUCGCUGUGCCGCUGCGCGUACUAAUUAGCUUAGCAUAUGUGACUGGUGGUUAGUGCCAUCAGUAGAUUAAGCUCCGAUCGAUGGCUCAUGGAAGGGACACUACCGUGGUGCUGGCAUUGGUCCUCCUCUGCGGGGUCCUCCACGGCGAGCUCGCCGAGUCGAUGAAUUACACGGUUGGCGACAGCCGCGGAUGGACCUUCGGCUCCGGCAGCUGGUCCAACGGCAAGCGUUUCCUUGCCGGCGACAUGCUAGUGUUUAAGUACGCGCCGGGUGCGCACAACGUGGUGGUGGUGGACGCGGCGGGGCACAACUCGUGCAGCGCGCCGGGCGGCGCCGUGAGGUACAGCUCCGGCAACGAUAACGUCACGCUCACCCGCGGCACCAGCUUCUUCAUCUGCGGCGUCCCAGGACACUGCGCCGCCGGCAUGAAGAUGGCCGUCACCGCGGCCUGAUCCAUCCGCCAGCGUCCAGCCGCCGUGCUUACUGUAACUUUGUUUCCUUCGAGUAACUGUAUUUAAAACGGUGUGCAUGUUCAAUGUUGCCGCGUCUCAGCUUCGGCUAGCGUGUUUGUUAGUUCUGUGGAGGUGAGAGAAGAACUCCGUAUAAUGAAAGCCAUAUACCGUGAGGCCCAACUCUCUGCCACUCGAUGGGGAUCUCGGUUCAAUUGUCUGUA